AUGAAAUUCCUCAUUCUCAUUAUCAUCGCCCUCUGGUGUGCCCUUCCAGGCGCCCGAGCCGAUCCGCCAGCCGAAAAUUGCCAGUCCUACCUCAAAUGCCGUGCAGUCCACAAGGGGAAAGUCGAUAUUGAUGGCAUUACUUUUACUCAAUACUGCAAUGAAGCACUACCAAAGGGCACGGUUAGAUACAAGACCGACGACCUGGGUUACCAAGAUUGUCUAUAUGCCUGCAGUCAUGACAAUCACUGUCAGGGGUUGAAUUGGUUUCCAAAUGGGCCGUCGCCGCCUUGUGUCAUGUACAGGACCUACCGGGACAAACCUUCUACUGCUUAUUCGCCCUCGCCCGUGAUUUGUGCUAUUCCAGCCCACCGCAGAUGA